AUGGCCCCUUCUCUCAACGCUCACUCGUCGUUCACGCGGCCGCGUACGAGCGACCGCCCCAGCACUCGCGACCAGGGCGACAACAACCUCAUCAUUCCCAGCCGCACCUCCUCCCUCCACUCGCGCAUCACCCAGCCUAUCCCUUCCACUCUCAACGUCAAGCCGCAACAGCGCACUCCCAAGACCCUCACCCAUGCCUACAUGGUCUGUGGCGUCGGCCGGGAGCCGUCUCAAUGGGUCAAGGCGCCGCCCCCGGCGCAGGGCAAGAUCGGCCAUAUGAAAGGUGCAGUUGGCCAAUUCUGGCUCCCCGAGAUUCUCGGAAGCAGCCCGAGACUGGAGCAAGACAAUGAGAUUGCUCGUGCCCUGCACGCUGCCAUGAGGGCCUGCUUCCCCCAUGAUGUGGAGAUCUGCACCGGUAGAAGCCAGCCUCACUGCGUCCACCACGCCUUCGUUCUGCAGCAGGAUUCGUCGCACACGCUCUACGGUAUCUGUUUGAGGGUGUGGUCCCGGGCCGACGAGAAGAGGGCCGAGACUAUCAGGGAUCUGAGGAAGCGGACCGAGACCGACUACUACGACAACCCCGACGAGACCUACUGGAUUCCGUACUGCCUGUCUUUCCUUUCCAGAUACCCUCUCUACAACCUGCUCGGCGACUACCUGAGGGGCAUGUGGAUUCACUGGAACAAGGCCACCAACCUGUUCCACGCCGAGGAAGUCUCGCGGAUCCUGAGUUUCCCUGCCCCGCGAUUGAACGACCUCGUCCGAAUCGACAUGAAGGACUACGCGCUGUGCUACCAGUUCCCUUCCUCGCCCACGGGCUUCCAGAACUUCGCCAUGUGGCCCCUGUUCUGCUGCCUUUCUAUUCCCAACAUCGUUGGUGUGGUCGAGGCCGCUAUCUCGCCGACGCGCCGCAUCAUCUUUGUCAGCCACUACCCUGCGAUGCUGACCAUGGCCGCCGAGUCGGUCCGGUACUGCGUCCGUGUCUACGAGUGGAGCGGUCUCUAUGUGCCCGUCGUCCAUGCCCGCCAUGCUCAGGAGCUUGUCCAGGAGCCUGGUCCGUACAUCCUCGGUAUCACUGCCGAAUGCCGGUCGCUCUUUACCGCCCCCAGCGACGCCCUCGUUGUGGACCUGGACCGGAACUUCGUGCUCACCUCGGACCCUCCCACGGCCCUCAACCCCGGUCAGCGUAACAAGUUUGUCACCCGCCUUACCCAGGCGUUGAACGGCGACGUGACACCCUCUGGUGUUCCCCAGCACCUUCGCUCCGCCUACGGUGGCGGCAAGCUGGUCCCUGCUGGCCAGAUCAUUGUCAUGCGCGGGGAGGUUGAGUCGAUUCAGGAUCCCGAGUGGUGGAACCAGGACUCCGUCAUGACUGUGAUGGACCAUGUCUGCGAGAAGAUGGGCCGCAACACCGGCCUCAAGGCCGUCUUUGGCGGUUCCGUCAAGAAGCCCCUGAUGACCAAGGUUUCCAUGAGGCAUCUUAACGAGAUCGUGCGUGAGCGCAACCAGUACUCUCGUGAUGCCCUGGAGGCUUGGCAAGAUUUCAUCAACCUCAAGGGCCGCAUGGACACGGAGCUCAGCAAGGUCACCAAGCGGAACAACUACUUGGUUGAGGAGCUGGAGAGCUGGAAGCAACAGUUCCUCAAGUUCCAGGCCUUUGCUGAGCAGCUCACCAAGGAGACUCAAGACCUCAAGGUCAAGAUUGAGAACCACAAGCGUGAGAACCGUCGCCUGGGUGGUCUUAUUGACCAGCAGAAGGAUGACAAUGCUCGCCUGUCCGUCCGUCUUGCCGGCACCGAGAAGCAGCGUGACGAUGCCCUCGAAGCUCUGGUCCUGCAACAGGAGAUUGCCGAGGAACUCGAGCGUGAGCGGAAACGCAACAAGAAGGAGCUCUCUGCCCUUCAACACACCAACGUUACUCUCGCUAGGCAACGUGACGAGGCACGCCGUGUUGUGCUUCACCUUCGCAGCUUGAUUGGCGGCCAGAGCCACCACAUGGAGCAUCUCAUCCUUUCCCUGACCAAGCCCGACGAGCUGCUCGAAGAGCUCGAGCAGGGCUACGAAGAGGAGGAGGCCGAGCAGAUGGUGGAGGGCCCCGAUGGCCUCAAGGCACCUUCCCGCUCCGCCAAGCGGUACUCCGCUGCCAGCUUCAAGGACGUGGCCGACCGCCACUUGAAGGACAAGACUGAUGCCAUUGCGCACAUCAUUCGCAACAUUGCGGAGCAAUGCUCUGCCGCUGUCGACAGCCUCCAGAUGGCUCAGGAUGCCGAGAUCGAGAGCCGCGCCGCUGAUGCGCGCCGGGCCAGCAACCUCUCGGCCAUCUCGGCUGCCCCCAGCGACGACGGGCACUCUGCCACGACUUCUGAGGCUGGUGACGACAGCCACCUCCACCCGUCUGGCCGGGCAUCCAGCAUUCCGCCCACCCCCGAUCUGAUCCCCAACCGGGCCAGCACCUCCAUGUCGAUCGCGUCGACGAUGACGACCCCCGAGCGCUCGUCCCAGCAGUACAUGGUCGGCCACGACAUCCCGACCAAGAUCGUCGAGGAUGACGAGGACGAGUAUGCCGAGCGCAGCGACGUCGAGCCCCUUCCCCAGGAGGGCGUCGUCGGCAAGCACGCCGAGAGCUUGAUCCACCGGCCCUCGGGUGCCCGGAUCAGCGCUCUCGGUGGUACCCGCUAA